AGAGAGAGAGAGAGAGAGCGUUAUGUCAACUGUAGAGUGGAAGUCGUAGAUGCCUUUGCGUCCAACUGUAACUUGGACAAUUGCGCAUUGAUUGCGUGGAUUAUUGUGCACCCCGUGCACUCUAGUCCGGGAGUUUUCACCUUCAGACAUGAAGACGUAUAUGACGUCAAGUGUACCCCGAGUUUAUUAACCUGAAAUCGAGACGCGAGUUUGACAUAAGAACGCUGGGUCGAUGUAUGACAUCACACUUGAUAUAUGACUAAUUCGGUCAUAUGUUUUUUUAUAUUUUCUUACGCAUGCAAGUAAAGAGGCGAUUUCGAGAUGAUUGCAUCGGAAAUUGGCUCCACGAACACAGACACUGUGAAUGUUAGGAUUACAAAUGAAAAAGCCCCGUUGAUCCAUGGUAGAGGUGUGUUUCAACGACUGAGUAAUAUUUUUAAAAUCAGAAGGACACAUACGGAGGGAGAUGGCUAUGUCGAGUUUGGUAAUCUUGGCGUGGACAGCACCCGUACAUUGGGGACCUUUGCUGGUGUAUUCAGUCCGGUUACUUUGUCUAUGUUCAGUGCCUUGGUUUUCAUUCGAAUGGGGUACAUUGUGGGCAAUGCAGGAUUAUUUGUCACUCUAACUCAAUUUCUCAUAGCGUACAGUAUUUUAUUAUUCACAGUCGCCUCUGUUUGUGCAAUUUCGACAAAUGGCGCUGUGGAAGGUGGUGGUGCUUACUUUAUGAUUAGCCGUACAUUAGGGCCUGAAUUUGGUGGUUCUAUUGGCACUCUCUUCUUUUUAGCUAAUAUAGUAUCCAGUGCACUUUGUAUCUCUGGAUGUGCUGAGGGUUUGGUUGAAAAUUUCGGUCCAUCUGGUUAUUUGAGCGGCAAAACUGGACUUAUACCGGACGGUCGAUGGUGGAGAUUUUUAUAUUGUUCCGUGCUGAACACCGCUAAUCUUGUAGUUUGUCUAAUCGGAGCUGCAAUGUUCGCGAAAACCAGUGUCGCAAUCUUGGCGGUUGUCUGCAUCUGUCUAAGUAGCGUUUUUAUCAGUUUUUUGACACAAGGCGCGAUGGAGAUACCAAUACCAGAUGCGAAUACGUUGGUACAAAACAUAACGGAACAUGUAAAUGGAAGUUACACAGGUCUAGUGUCUUCUACGCUUUCUAGCAAUCUUUAUUCGAAUUAUAGCGCCGAUUAUUCAAGCGGAGGCACCAUGACGAAUUUUGCGAGUGUGUUUGGUGUACUCUUCAGCGGUGUAACUGGAAUAAUGGCUGGAGCAAAUAUGAGCGGCGAGCUGAGAAAUCCUGGGCAAAAUAUUCCGCGUGGAACGUUAUCCGCGGUAUUAUUUACAUUUCUGUGCUAUAUUUUACUCUCGGUAUUGACGGCUGCUACUACCAGCCGCUUUUUACUGCAAAAUAACUUCAUAUAUAUGAUGCCAAUCAAUCUCUGGCCACCAUUUGUCGCUGUCGGCAUUCUUACAGCAACUUUUAGCGCUGGUUUAAGCAAUUUGAUAGGUUCCAGUAGAGUAUUGGAAGCAUUAGCUAAGGAUAAUGUAUUUGGAUCGGGAUUAAAUUUUAUAAUACAAGGUACAUGGCGUGGCAAUCCGAUAGCAGCGGUCUUAACUUCGUGGGCUUUGGUUCAGACGAUUUUACUCAUUGGUUCAUUGAAUACUAUCGCUCAAAUUAAUUCGGUACUAUUUCUGUUAAGUUAUCUCGCUACCAAUCUUGCGUGUCUUGGACUGGAACUCGCUAGUGCACCAAACUUUAGACCAACGUUUAAUUACUUUACAUGGCAUACGGCGACUAUAGGUCUCCUCGGAACGCUGAUAAUGAUGUUUGUAAUCAACAGCAUCUAUGCUUCCAGCAGCAUAAUAUUGUGCUUAAUCCUGAUCAUUGUGCUGCAUUUAUUCUCGCCGAGUAAAAACGCUCCAUGGGGCAGCAUAUCUCAGGCGUUGAUAUUCCAUCAAGUCCGAAAAUAUUUGUUAAUGUUGGACUCGCGCAAGGAUCACGUCAAAUUUUGGCGUCCACAGAUGCUACUGAUGGUCGCGUCCCCGCGUUCUGCCUGUCCUCUCAUCGAUUUCGUGAAUGAUUUGAAGAAAGGCGGACUUUACGUUAUCGGCCACGUGAAGGUCGGCGAAUUUACCGGCCAAAAUAACGAUCCCACGAUAGACGAAUAUCCGCAAUGGCUAAGUUUAGUUGACCAUAUGAGAGUUAAGGCCUUUGUUGAGUUGACAGUAACGAAAACUGUGCGCGAAGGCAUGCAACAUUUAAUAAGACUGUCCGGAAUGGGAGCGAUGAAACCAAACACGAUCGUUCUCGGCUUUUACGACGAGGAAACACCAAGGAAUUUUUUCCUUGAUUCUCAAUACGCGACGAUGAUGUUUGAAAAUACCACGACACUUCCGAAUAACGCUGUAUUUCCCCUGAGACAAGCAACGGGUGAAAAGAAUCUGGAUUCUAUUCAAUAUGUCGGUAUGUGCUCGGAUAUUCUGAGAAUGAAGAAAAAUCUGUGUUUAUGUAGAAACUUUCAUCUGUUGAAUAAAGCACAGUUAACAAAAAAUUCAAAUCUAAAGUACAUUGAUGUAUGGCCGGUCAAUUUCUUUCAACCGACCGAUCAAGAUCCAUUCGACACAACGUCCUUGUUCAUGCUUCAGCUCGCGUGUAUCAUCAACAUGGUUCCCAGUUGGAAGAACUUACAUAUCAGAGUGUUCCAUUGUGAAAUCGCGGACGGUACCGAAAGCCUAAGUAUCUCAGAUUCUCACAAUUCGAUAAGUGAAUUCCCGAGAAUCUCAAACGAGCAUAGAAUACGAAAGUCGUUAAAUUUGCUGCGAAUUUCUGCGUCGAUUAAGAGAAUCCCGGAAUGGGGAGAGCAAGUUCGAGGAUUAAAGGGCAGGACUCUGCUUGAACCAAAAAGUCAAUAUGAACCAAGCACCGAUUCCAAUAGUGCUUUGAGCAACAUGUCUCGAGCUUAUAUAUUGGGCGUUAAUCAACUGAUAAGACAACAUUCUUCUCAAACUGCAACGACAUUUAUUUAUCUGCCUGCACCACCAGCUUCCAGCACCUGGGAUGAAGACGACAUGUAUCGACAGUAUUUGCAAUUGUUGACGGAAUUGACUGUCGAUUUACCACCGACAGUUUUGGUGCACGGAGUUAGUGCCGUGACAUCGACCACUUUAUAA